CAGCAUUAGCUACGGGCGAGGGGCGCUCCGGGGAGAGCGGCUGCAGCCCGCCGAGCCCUCACCCUGGUAGAAGGCUGAAGCCAGCCCCCCCCAUGGCCUCGCCAGCCCCGCCCUCCUCCCUCUGAGCCGCGGGCCGCCGUUUCCAUAGCGACCAAGGCCCGCCGCAAGAUGGCGGCUGAGCUGAGGCGGCCUCCGCCGCGUUUCUCGGGUAGCCGCUGCCCGCCAUGAUCACUACUGUUCUCUGGGCGCUGCUGCUGCUGCCGGGGUCUGAGCCCCCCACGGGGCGGGCUCAGACUCCGGCCCCGCCAGGGAACCCCGUCUUUCAGCCUUCUUUUAUCCACAUGUCUGGGCCCACAGUCAGUUCAUUUUUAGUUGGGAAUUCAGCAGAUGUUGUUCUGGCUAUAAAUGUAAUUCAUGUGAACACUGAGACAGGAAUGUUGCCUACCGUUGCCUACUGCAGUGGGAGUAACAGAUAUGGUGAAUGGAGUUUGAAUGUUUCUUAUGGUAUGAAUGUUUCCAAAGUGACUGUAACCUUGAUGAGAAACCUGCAGUUGUGUUUGUCUAAUGCAACUGAUUGCUGCAUGGAGCCACUUUGUGUUGUUGAGACUCUUCAAGUUUCUGCUUGCCGUGGUUCAAAAACAUUGGCAAAUCUCCUGAUUCAAGCUGAAAUAUAUGCCAACUCUUCCUUUACAGGAAAUGUGUCAGAAAAUGCAACAGUCAUCCCUAACCAAGUGUUUCAGCCCCUUGGCUCUUGUCCUUGUAACCUGACAGCUGGAAUUUGUGAUAUUCGUUGUUGCUGUGAUCUGGAAUGCACGCCAGAUUUGAAGCAAUUGUUCAGUGGAUCAUGUUUUGCUGGAGUGUUUGGUGGGAAUGUAAACCUGCCUUUUGACCAGCUGUGCUCUGUUCAGACAACGAACAGUGCUCCUGACUGGUUUCCCUUCUUGUGUGUACAGUCUCCUCUUAACAAUUCACCAUUUCUUGGCUACUUCUACCAUGGGUCUGUUUCUUCAUCUCUAGUUUCUUCAUUUAAGAUUCCUUUGCAAACUGUUCCAGAAAAACCUUUAAGUGGUUACAAACAAGGAGAUCCAAUUAUGACAACAGAGAAUGAGUAUUUUACAAUUCGUCAGCGAUCCAUGGCUGGGCAGUGUGUUGGAAACGCCCCAGUAGCAUUCCUUCAGAAUUUUGAUGUUAAAUGUGUUACUAGUCUGUCAGCUUACAAGGAAGGAUUGUCUCAUCAUGUGAUGAUAAACAGUGGUACUGGAGACACCAUCCAGCAAAAUGUGAUCUAUGGGAGUGUAACUGAUGUACGUAACUUCAUCACUAAACCAGAAGACAUUCAGCGUACUGAGGUUUUAUGUAUAAAUGUGACCUUUGCCGAAUAUUAUAUGUUCAUAUGGAAAGGCAAGACAAUAGAGGAAAUAAAUGUCACAGUCCUCAUUGAAGAAUUAUGUGAUGGAGAAAUACUGACACAGAGAUUUUCAGUAAACUUUGUAAGCUUCAAUAGUACUAAUACAACAGAACUAUCUGGGAAUCCAGGUUACCAAGUUGGCAAACCUGUUAGAACGGUAAAUAUUUCUUCUGAGACUGUUACCAUUCUAAAACUUUGGCAGCCAGUUGGCAGUGGUUUGUGUAAAUCAGCAACUUUCUCACCAGUUCUGUUUGGAUUAAAUUCACUAUCUGGAUGCAUUUUAGAAGUUAAUAUUAAUGAAGAUUGCGGUCAGUUAAGGGAGGAUGUAACUGAUAGACUUAAUUCAUUAAUACAAGCUACUCAUGUUGGGAAGAGAGGCAACUCAAGUUACAGUGAUCUAAAUGAUUUGGUGGAAAUAAUACGUUUAGAUCCACCUAAUUCUAGUGCAAAUGCAAGUGCUGGAAAUUUGAACGGCAUCUGCUCAGAUAUUCCUGCUAACCUGAAUAUUCACAUAAUCACUGCUGAUGUGGGUGCAGUAGAAGGGAUUGCACAGGAAGAGAUACUCGGUGUACAGAUCAGUUUUUCAACAGUGAUAUGGCAAUUCCAGUGUGGGAUUAUCUGCGAAAAUAAGUCCAGUUCUCUUCCUAUCACUUCUUCAGUCCAAUUUAUUAAAGUACCAGCUCAACCACCCAUUCCAAUGACGAGAUUUCAGAUUAACUAUACAGAAUACGACUGCAAUCGAAAUGAAGUUUGCUGGCCACAACUCUUUUAUCCAUUGACGUGGUAUUACACAGGAGAACCAUACUCUCAGUGUCUUGCCAAAGGCUUGAUACUGGCAUUUUUCUUUCUACUUGCAGUUGUUCUGAGUAAUCCUUGGAGCAGAAUCCUUAAAGUGUGAAAUAAUACUACAGUUUAAAAUUUGAGAGUAUAAAGAGAACCAUUUUAUUAAUGCAUUUUUUUACACUUUUGUAUUCAACCAAUGUUUUGAUAAGUAGUACUUUUAUUAUAAAGCUUGUGAAAAAAGUAAUUUCUGGAUUUUGUGUAUUUUUAUAUAAAUACUCAGAGAUGUAAAAUUAAUGUCUGUUCUAUAUAGAAUAUGGUUGUAUUAGGUUUUUAAAAAAAAGAUAAUCUGUUAAUGGCUAGAUCCUGUAAAUGGAUCUGCCAGAGUGCAUUCCUGUGACAUUGAUUUAGGAGGUGCACUGCAUGGGUUCAGAAAUGUGCUUGGGUGGAUUCAUACCUAAACUGUAAGACAUUUGAGUAUUUACCAACAAAAGAUAUAAACUUCAGUUAAUGAUUAAUUCAAGCACACAACUAGUGUUCUCUAAGCAAUUUAAGAUUGAGCUUUACAGUUAAUUUAGGUUUUCCAUUUUGCUGGAUCACUCUGGAAAGAAAUAAUUUGGAAUAGUAGCAAUAAUCCCAAUGGAGUUGGUUUCCCAUUUUAAAAAGCAUCAUCUAAAAAGUUGCUAUAAAUGCCUUAUUUGACUUCAGUAGUAGUCACUGUGUUUAUUUUCAUUUGUGAUGCUAAUUGUUUAAAAAUAUAUCUGCAAAGGAAAACAAUUUCUCCUUCUGUAUAUGUUAACAAGAAGUUAUUUUUUAAAGAAAAGAAUUGGCUGUUUUUAAUUUUCUUAAGAUCAAGUCUUGCCUUCCUUGCUUUUGCUGGAUGGCUCUAUGCAUAACUAGUGUGGGAAUGUGAUGUUCUCAACUUGCUCAGGACUGAGAGUCACCUUUACCCCACUGCCUCCAGUGAGAGAGAGACUUGCUUGUGCUUAACUGGGGGUCAGUGCCUUGACACCACCAGUCUGUUAGUCAUCCGGAGAAUCUUCUCGGAGUCAUACUAGCCCUUACUCUUUUUUACAGGUUAACCUUAGGUGCAUUCCAGUUCUCAAGCCCCUCUGAAGAUUUCCCAUGUAGUGUUCAGCCCUUUAUACACUGAAUACUCGCAGGGAAUAGUAUACACACCAGCUUCAAUGAUUCAACUCAGGAUCUGCUCCUUGUACAAUACCUCAGCACUGAGAUAUAUUUGUAGUGAAAACAAUUAUAAGUUUAUUAUCAAAGAUCAAGAUUCAAGAAAUUGUGAGUAAGGAUAAUGGAAACAGAAGGGUUACAUAUAAAACAAAAUUAAUACAUGAUUUCUAGAGACUAAACAGGCUAACAUCUUGGCUAGAAGAGUUUUCUCACCCAAAACCUUUUGCAGACAUAAAUUCAACCUUUUCCCCCCCUUCACAGGUGACCUCUUUACAAAAAUAUGUAUGUACUGUAUGUUGUGGUUUGAAGUAGAUACAUUUAGAAAUAUGCAGUUACUGCAUAAAAGUAGGAAUUAAGUUUAGAUUUUUUUUUUUUUUUAAAGUGAGAUACAUUAAAAAUUGCCAGGAACAACCCUAUUUUACUGACCAAAGGCGCCAUCUAGCCUGGUAUCUUGUCUUAAACAGUGGCCUAACACCAGUGCUGCAGCAGGUGACUCACCUCUGCACAAUCAACAUGGCCAAUUAUGCACUACACUGCCUGAGAAUGGAGUGGUGGGUGGUAGUUCCAACUGAUCACCUGCCUUGAAUAAAGAUUAAUAGAUCUUGUAACUUUUAGCCUAUUUUUCACUCAUCUGUAUAUAAUCCUUUAAU